UUAGCCUAAUCAGACCUCUGUAAGACUGUUAUUGACUCCUCCUUGAGCCCUUACAUAUGUUCAUGUUGGCAGGGUGGUUGACGGGGAAUUCCAAAAACGUCCUGGGACAGUGUGGGUGCGCCUUGCUUAUUGAUAUGACAGAGAUGAGGAGCACAUGUAGGCGGAGAGAAGCUGCGACCUUCUCCUUCCCGCCCCGGACAUCCAUUCAUCCACCCGGAUCAACACCGUCUCUCCUGCUGACACUGUUACAACAUGUGAAGGACAGCCAAUGAGGGCCUUGAGCUGUUGGAGCUGAAGUUCGUUUGAGAGACUGACCGGGAGACGAUCAGCAAACAACAGAGGAAGCUCCCAGACUCAACGGCCGAUACGAUGAGCUCCGUCUGCCUCACGCUGCACGCACUGCUGCUGUGCGGGUUCCUCAGAGCGCAGCUGCAGCUGCUACCCGGGUCCUGCAACUUUGAGCUGGGUACCUGUGGCUACACAUCUGAUCCAGAGUACGGCAGCUGGAGCAUGAAUGAAGAAGGGCAUUUGAUUACAGUGGACUCAGCCUUCUUACAUGACCAGGAGCAGGCAGUUCUUGUCAGUCCAGUUCUGGACCAGCAGGACUGGAGCUGUGUGAGGCUGGUGUACCAGAUCACUGGACGGGGUUCCUUGAAGCUCCACGUCAGACCAGACGGUGAUAACUUCGACCACCAACUGUGGAAUGCCAACAAAGCGUCUGACAGCUGGCUCAUUGCUAGUGUGGACCUACCCAACACCACAGUCCCCUACCAGGUUUUGCUGGAAGGUCGACCUGAACACGGCUCAGGGAACAGCGUGGCCAUCUUUGAAAUUCACAUUGUUACUGGUUACUGCAUUGAGUGUAAUUUUGAGGAGCAUCACCUGUGUGGCUACAGUAACAGCUGGAACCCAAAUGUCAACUGGUAUGUUGGGGGAAGUGUGGCUAGAGAGCCUGAGUCUAACCUGCUUGUAAACCACACCAACAAUAACCAGAGAGGCCACUACAUGUAUGUGGACUCUGUGUACGCCAAGCACUUCCAGGAAGUGGCCAAGCUGACCUCACCCAUGACUACGGUGCCCAUGGCCGGCUGCCUGUCCUUCUACUACCACCGAGACCAGGAGAGGGGAAACAUCUUUUCAGUUUUCACCAAAGACCAGCUGGGCCACUUUGAGGAGAUCUGGAGGCCAGAGGUGUAUGUUACCACCGCCUGGACUCUGGUCGGCAUUGACAUAAAGGCCCCACACCCCCUUGAGGUCAAGCCGACCUUUGACCCCUCUAUAGCCAACUGUGACUUUGAGAAUGGGCUGUGUCUGUACUAUCACGAGAAAGAAGAUAGCAAGGUGUGGAGCAGAGUUUCAGUCAAGCCUAAUGCAUACAGGAUAGGAGACCAUACCAAAGGAACAGGCUGUUACCUCCUGGCAAACACACGUUUCACUUCGAGGCCUGGUUAUGUGGGUCGGCUUCACGGUCCUUUUUUACCGGGGAACCACAAAUACUGCCUGAGGUUCUACUACCUGCUUCAUGGAUUUAGAAAAGUAGACAAUGCUCUAAGUCUUUACAUUUAUGACGAGAACAAUGUGGCCCUUGAGAAGGUGUGGAGCCUGGCUGACACUUCCAGGGCUGUAUGGACUGAGGUGGAGAUCACCUACAUGAAGCCCAUGUUUUCCAAGGUAGUGUUUGUCAGCAUAUGUAAGAACUUCUGGGAAUGUGGCCUGGUAGCCAUUGAUGACAUCACUAUCAGCCUGGGGGACUGUCAAAUCACAGCAGGCUCCCUCCCAGGCCAGUGUAACUUUGAAAAUGGAGUCUGUGGCUACAUCCAGGAUAAGAAAGAAGACAAAGCUGACUGGCUGCGAGUCAGAGGACACACCCCCACCUCCUAUACAGGGCCCAGAGGAGACCACACUACUGGGGUGGGUUACUUCAUGUACAUUGAGGCAUCACUCAUGCAUCCCGGUCACAAAGCUCGGCUACGGACCUCUGUCCUGCGGGGCUCUUUGUCCCCUCAGUGUUUGAUCUUCUACUACCACAUGUAUGGAUCUGGCACCGGCAUACUGAGCGUGCUUUUGCACCACGGCAGCAAAGAGCAUGACACGCUGCUGUGGAGACGGCGUGGUGAGCAGAGCGUCAGCUGGAUGAGGGCAAUGGUGGACUACCACUGUGAUGUUCGACACCAGAUUAUAUUUGAAGCCAUCCGAGGCCCAUCACUACGAAGUGAUAUUGCUAUUGACGACAUCCUUAUUAAAAGAGGACCAUGUGAAGAUCCUGGUGACAUCAUUCCAUACUCAGGCUUCUCAGAGUAUUUCAAUGAGAUUGAGAACUGAGACUGGCAGAGAGUCUUUCUAUAUAAAUGCUUUGUAGUUUUUCAUAGUUGGGCUGGGUUUCUUUCAGAAGUGUGAAUGUGAACAAUCCACCAAGACAAUUUACAAAGCUGAAGAGCAAUGCUUGUGAUGCAGCUAGCACCUCCACUGGGAGGGAGUUAGAAGAUGACAAGUUUACAGUUUGCUAACAUUCUCAAAAAUCAUGUAUGUAAAUCAUGGUGCAGUGUGGUCUCACUCUAUAUAGAUAUGCCAACACAUAAAUCAAAUGUUUGCCAA